AUGUCAUCCAAGGUCUCUGACGAAAAGCCUUCCCAAUUCUCUGGCAAAGAAGUCGAAAAACAACCUCAUCAAGAGCCUCACCAACAUGCCACCGCUGGUUUGGAACAUGCCAUGAUGCAAGAACCACAAUACGACGAUCCAGAAUAUUACAAAGGAUCUGACAAGCUUAAAGGAAAGGUUGCUUUAAUCACUGGAGGCGAUUCUGGUAUUGGAAGAUCCAUAUGUGUACUCUUUGCAAGAGAAGGAGCAGAUAUUGCCAUUGUUUAUCUCGACAAGGAACAAAAAGAUGCUGAUCUCACUAAACAAUUGAUUGAAAAAGAAGGUCGUAAAUGUCUUCUCAUUCCUGGAGAUGUCACUUCAUCAGCAUUCUGUAAAGAAGCAGUGGAACGCACGAUCAAGGAAUUGAAACAUUUGGAUAUUUUAGUAAAUCAUGCAGGUACUCAACAUGUUCAAGAAGAUUUAACUCAAAUUAGUGAUGAACAAAUUGAGAAAACUUUUCGAACCAAUAUUUUCGCGUACAUGUAUAUGGCACGAGAAGCAUUGCAUUAUUUACCAGAUCAUACAGGAGUGAUUAUUAACACGACAAGUGUGACAGCAUAUAAGGGAAAAUCGUCAUUGAUUGAUUACUCAUCAACCAAGGGAGCGAAUACGACCUUUACAAGAUCUUUGGCAUUGAGUCUUGCCGAUAGAGGAAUUAGAGUGAAUUGUGUGGCUCCUGGACCGAUCUGGACACCUCUGAUUCCAAGUACAUUUUCAAAGGAAAUGGUUGAGGAAUUUGGAAAAUCAACACCCAUGAAACGAGCUGGUCAGCCAUUUGAAGUUGCGACUGCCUAUGUCUAUUUGGCAAGUAAGGACUCUUCGUAUGUUACUGGACAAACGAUUCAUGUCAAUGGUGGAGAAAUUGUGGAAUAA